AUGAAGGGGCUCGAUUAUAAUCUUGCCUUGGCACUCUUUUUUCCCUUUUACGUUAUCGCCGAGAUUCCAAGUAACAUGUUGAUGAAACGACUACGGCCCAGUGUUUGGUUGACUAUAAUAAUGGUCUCCUGGGGUUUAAUAACUACCUUUAUGGGGCUCGUUCAAAACUUGGGAGGGCUCAUAGCAUGUCGAAUUUUCCUUGGUAUCGCUGAAGGCGGUCUUUUCCCCGGUGUAAGCUACUUUAUAACUAUGUGGUAUCGUCGACAUGAGUGUGGUUUUCGCAUAGCCCUUUUCUUCUCAGCAGCAACAGCAGCAGGCGCCUUUGGGGGACUCCUUGCCCGCGGCAUCGCCGAGAUGGAUGGAGUUGGAAAUAGGGCUGGAUGGUCAUGGAUUUUCAUACUUGAGGGACUUUUAACCCUGAUAGUGAGUGGUUUUUCUUCUUCGUUUGUCCAUGAUUAUCCCGCUUCACUGACAUUUCUCAGUGCUAAGUUUCUGAACGCCGAGGAGCGAAUUGAAGUCCAGAGGCGGCUCUUAGAAGAUGAUGGAUCCUCCGACGAGUUCAGUGUAAAAUUUUUUUACCAAGCCCUCCGAGACUGGAAAAUAUGGGUCAUGAUGUUCAUUACCAUUGGCAUCUUCACACCGCUGUAUUCUAUUUCACUUUUCCUACCCACAAUUAUUAAUCAAUUUGGUUAUUCUAACAACACAUCACAAUUACUCACCGUUCCGCCUUACCUCGUGGCAUGCUUCUGCACAAUCGUGGGAAACUAUGCAGCAGAUAAGAUGAGACAGAGAGGUCCAUUCCUACUUGGAUUUGAGACGAUUGCCGUUGUUGGAUUUUUGAUGCUCAUCACCAGCAGGAUUCCUCAUCUGCAAUACGCAGGCGCCUUCUUCGCCGCAUCAGGUCUGUACAUGACGAGGUAUUGA